CAGCCCUGAGACCCACCAGCUCUUCCUUCUCCAGGCCACCCUUUGGGGGCUGCUGUUAGAAAGCUUGAGGAUGAGGGCAGGUAGCAGCUGGGAAUCGACCAGUUCAGGACAGCCGCCAGGAUUUCUUUAGGCAUUUGCAGUUGAAGAAGAGCAUAAGAAACAUCUGCAUUAUCCAGCCAAGUGUGCUGUCACACAGAACCAGCCAUGUCUACAGAAGGAAAAACCGAUAUGGAGAGGAUUGGCCUCUUCAGUGAAAUGGAAUAUGUUACCAUUGGUGAUAAAUAUGCCUCGCAUUAUAUGCGUCCUUUUAAUGAAGCUGCAAGCAAGAACAAGCAGAUAUUACCUGGAGGCAGCAAAAUGUUAUCAGCUCUUCAAGCAGGUUAUUUUGAGCCCCAGUUUGUGAGGGUUUUUGAAGGUGAAGCCUAUUCAAACCCUGUUCAGCUAAGAAGGCGAUAUAGAUUGGCAGAAUCAAAGAAAAAUUUGGGCAAAGCUUUUCUUCCCAAUAAUGGAGACAAAUUGCCAUGUGGACUGGGUAGCUAUUUUGGAACCAUAGGAGGUCCGUUUCCAUAUUUCAGUGCUCAGCUAAAAGCCAUAGAGAGAUAUGUUCCUCCUGGAAAGAAUUUGUACACAAAUCCUGGAAAGAAAGGGACUGGAUUUGGAUAUCCAAAUCUUACCAUAGGUAAACAGUAUCCACACUCAGCUGACGUAUAUGAAAUAGGAAGGAUAAAUGCAAAGAAAGCCCAUGAAGUACAUCAGAAUUUAGUUAAAGGAGGGCCUUUCAAGCUCAGUCUCUAUCCGCGGGAGUAUUUUGAUGUGAAUCCAUAUCAUGAUGACAAACCUUUGCCACCAGUUAAGAAGUCACCCCCAGAAAAGCCAAUUGCAUCACCCUUUAAACCAAGUUCUCCUUCUAAAAAGCCAGGUGGCAUGAAAGCUGGCACAUUUGAUCCUUAUCCUUCCCAUUCUGCUGACCCCUAUGUCAUCAAACGUUCUAAAGCCAUCACAACCAAUAAAGAAGGACGGAUUUUUCACCCUUCUCCUGGAGCAAAAAGCAGACCAGUUACGAGUAUAAUGGCUUUAAAUAUAACAAGAUCAUUAAACAUAAUGAACUACAAGACUGCGCAUCUGACAUAAUAUUAGCUCCCAGCAGCAUGAUUAAGAACACCCUUCUAAGACUGUAAACUGUAGCAAUUCAGUAAUUAAUGAAUAUAUGAAAUAAAUAAAAGUUUUGUGGAAGAUGGAAUUCAGUCAAAUAAGGCAACAAAGAGUUUAUCUGCAUCCUGUUUGAGGCUAUAUUUUAUAAAUUUAUAAACAGAAAUACAUAUGUUAUUUACAGAUGUUUAUAAAAUCUGUAAGUAAGUUAUUUUGAUAUAAAUUAAGAUCUCUGGAUGAUAUAGUUUGCUUAUAUUGUUGGGACAAUUUAUAUAUGUAACACAUUUUUUAGUGUGUAUCAUUUAGAUGUUACAUUUGAUACACUUCAUGGUGGUGGCAACCAUAACCAGACAUUGCCUUUUUUGAAGUAAUCACCAAUAUAUUAACCAAGGAGAAGAAAUAUUAUUCAAGUUGAAGAUAAGGUCAACAUUUUCCUGUAGAAAUAAUGAAGUUUGAUGUGUAUCUUAAGGAUGCCAAAAUGUAUUGUUGUAUUUUGAUUGCAAAGCAAUGAAAAUGGUUCGGGGACUGUGGCACAUGACUUCUG